AAAGUGACCUUGAACGACUUAAAUGUAAUCUCGGUAGGCGAGUAUAUAACGUUGGGAUAGAGGAUCUAUCAUUUAGAGGGUUUUCUGUUUUGAAUUUCCGAGAGGCACCUAUUAAAAGUCCGAAAAAUUGUCUGGUAAUCUGCUCUAAUUUAAAAUGAGUUCAGACUGGAAUUCGUUACCAGUCAAAUUAUCUAAAAGCAUACUAAAAGCUAUUGAUGCAUUAGGAUUUAAAGAAUCUCUGCCUGUUCAGCAAUAUGUUAUUCCCCUCCUAUUAAAUUCAAAAGAUGUUGCAGCUGAGGCUAUCACUGGUUCUGGGAAAACUUUGGCAUUUGUUAUCCCCGUUUUGGAGAUAUUAUUAAAAAGAAAACGCCCAUGGCAAAUAUAUGAAAUUGGAGCUUUGAUUCUAUCUCCUACCUGUGAAUUAGCAAUUCAAAUAUAUGAGAUAGUGUUACACUUUAUCAAAUAUGUCAAUGCAAACUCCAAUGAGUAUAAUUUCUCAGCGCUUGUCUUCACUAGUAGUGGACGUUCUAGUGGAGCUACAACAAAAUUUCAAGACUUCAAUAAUUUUAAAGAAAAAGGUUCCACUAUUCUUGUUGCUACACCUGGACGGUUAACUGAUUUAAUUUUGGCUGGUGCAAUUGUUGACUAUGGAUUAGGUAAUAUGGCUAAUCCUAUUAUCCGUGGACUUCGAAGUAUGGAGGUUUUGAUACUUGAUGAAGCUGAUCGUCUUCUAGAAAUGGGAUUUGAAUCACAAAUCAACACCAUCUUAUCAUUCUUACCUAAACAACGUAGAACAGGACUAUUUUCUGCAACUCAAACAACUCGUGUUGAAGAUCUCGUAAGAGCUGGACUCCGUAAUCCAGUUCGUGUGACCGUGAGUCAACAAACACAGAAAGAAUUAGAAUGUGCGAAUAAUCAGUCUCUGCAACAACGCAUUCCAUCUGCCCUUCAAAAUUUCUAUACAAUUGUUGAAACAGAUGAGAAAAUUUCAUUAAUUGUACGAUUUAUUUUAAUGCAUAGAAAAGAGAAAAUCUUAAUAUUUUUCGCUACAUGUGCAUGUGUAGAUUAUUUUUAUUGUAUACUUAAAGGUUUACUAUCAUUGAAACAAUCAAAACGUAUACAAAGAUUACAUGGAAAAUUGAAUAAAAAACGAUUUGAUCUUUUCACAAAAUUUAAAAAUACACCCAACGGAAUAUUAUUGUGUACUGAUGUAAUGGCUCGAGGUAUAGAUGUACCACAUAUUGAUUGGGUUAUUCAGUGUGAUCCACCAACAAAUGCAAAUGAAUUUGUUCAUCGUUGUGGUCGAACCGCUAGAUGUGGACUUGAAGGCAAUGCUUUAUUGUUUGUUACUUCUCAAGAAGCUGCAUAUAUCAAUUUCCUUCAUAUUAACCAACAAGUAAAUUUAUUACAUAUGGAACGCGAUGAACUUAAUCAACAUAUAGCUCCGUUGACUACAGUCGAUACGAUUGAUUCUAUCACUGAACGAAUUCGAAAUCUUUGUAAAAAAGACAAACUAUUACAUGAGAAAGCAAUACGUGCAUUUGUAUCGUAUGUUCAAUUUUAUCGAAAACACGAAUGCAAUUUACUACUGAAUUAUAAAAAAUUGGAUUAUGGUCGAUUAGCCAACGGUUUUGGACUUUUAAAACUCCCAUCUAUGCCAGAAUUACGAACUGGUAAUGUUAGUUCAUUUAAUCCAUCAAAUGUAGAUAUAUCAAAAUUAACUUAUCGGGAUAAAAGUGUAGCUAAACAGCGUGAAAUAAUGCAGUCAUCUGAUAAAACACAUGGAGAAAAUAAACCUAAAUGGUUAAUUAAAAAGGAAAAGAAUAAAGCAUGGAUUGCCAAAAAGAAACGAGCACGUAAAAUUAAAGCAUUAAAGAAACAACAUUUAGUUAAUGAAUCUUUGCACCCGGAAAUCUGUGAAAAGAAGAAUAAGGAGAUAAUAGAAACUAAACAGGAGAAUAAUGUAAAAGAUAUUGAUGAAUUACUUGUCGACUAUAGAUUAUUAAAGAAAUCGUAUAAGGGGAAGGUAUGUAGGUUUGUGUUACAUUUAGUAGUUUAUUUUCAUGUCCAUAUUAUUUAAGAAUAAACUACUAAUUUAUUUCUCAGCACAAGUAUCUAACAAGAAAUUUUACUUAUGAGAAAUCGAAUAAACUUGUAGGAUUCAAGUUUAAGAUUGGUAUUAAUACGCCUACCCAAAGUGUUAGAAUAACAGAUCUAACCUAAGGUUGUUCACUUAACAUGAUGGGACGCGAUCUCACGCCUAAGUCACUUCACUAACUGUACCGGCUCACCCCAUCCUGGUAAUUAUCUAUAUUUUUUAUAAAAACUUUUGAAUAAUACAGUUAGGCUGGUGAUAGAACAAUAUAUUUAUUAUAAAGAGAGAUUAAUAGCAAACAAGCUAGAGAGGUCAAUUCAUACAAUUUUGUUAAUUUUCCUCGCAUGGACUUUUUUGACCAUUAUUUUUCAUCAAGUUUUCAACGGCCAGUGUAAGUCUUCGAAACUAAUGUACUGUUUUAUCUAAGGGUGAUUUAUGGUAACGAUUAAGUGUUAUUCCAUUUUCACUACAAACAACUGUGUGACAACCUUUGUACAUCCUGUAAGACUAACAGAUAUGGUCUGUAAAUGUAAUUUGAGUAGUUGUACUACAGGUAGUUAAAAAUCGUACUUUGAUAACUAAAAAAGGGGAACAAUUAACAGAUGGUGUGUAUGCGCACUAUUGUAACGGACGCUAUUCACGAAUAAGUUUGUAAGUAGGGUGAAGCGGAACGUGGCAUCGAAGUUGCAACAAUUGUCAGACGAAACGAAGAGUUUCAGGGCAUCGAAAGCACGACGCUAGCGAAGCACACCGAAAAAUGGAAACGGACGAUGUGUAUUAUGUAAGUACUUUGUGACUUCUCACAAUGAAGAUACAUUCCUAUUGCCUUAUUUUACAUUAUUUCUGGAAAUUUUUAUACAUUUCAGAAGGGUUUAUUAUCUAACGGUCGGUAACUAUACCCAGUUGCCUCAACCUCUGUUUGUUCGCCUGCAUCAGAGUACAUGAAAUUAUUUAUUUACACACACGCUUUAAAAGUGAUAAGUGUUCGAUACCGUGAACAAAAAAAUAAAAGAUGUCUGUAAACGUAUUGUUCGUUUGGGUUGUAUAAGAAUCAGUAUAUAGCUUGAUAUAAUAGGUAGAUAGGUAGCUUAAUUCAUUAUAGCCAAUAUAAUUGACAUAAAUAAAAAAAAACUCCAUUUCGCUGUAAUUAUUGAUCUUCACUUGAUUUGUAGUCGUACUUCUCUUGUUUCUCUUUGCAGUUUCCUACAUAAUUUUUUAUUUGUUUCCACUUGUUCGUUGUUGUUUUUAAAUCUACAAACUUGAUAGGAUUUUGCAUUGUGUGUCGGAUUUUGCUUUGAUGCCCAUGGUUAUCUAGUCUUGAGUUAAUUACCUAUUUGUAAAUCUACUAAUUAAAUGAUCAAGUUUGUUUUCUAAGCUGUACGAUUCGAAAUAUAUCUGUAAUAAAUUCAAAGUCAAUAUAUAAAUUAUAUGUUUGUCUAGCCCUCCGCCAGACUUGAGGGUUCUGGAUCUGAUUCUCAGUGAGAUCGUAAAUGCACACUUUUGUGGUGCCUCAGACUAAUCGCCAUCCAAUGCUUUCUAUUUUGUAUAGUUAUCCAAAUAAGUUCUGUUUGUGUUAUCAAGCUGUGCAAUUUAACAAUUCCCAGAAACUUAUAGAAGAAUAAUAAUCAUGCGAUUACUAGUGCCUAGUUUUAUGAGGUUAUUUUCAAAGUUCCUGUGAAAGUUCGUUAUCGAUAGAGUUUAACCAUGUUGAGUAUGUGAGACAGUCGCAAUAUAGAAGAGAAUGUGAGAUAAUUGUGUAAAAUCGCAAAUUGCAUGCUUAUUAGAAUUGCAAUAUAGUCAGUUCUGUUCACUAAUUGACUAGAUAGUUCUAAGUGUAUGGUUAUAGUAAAUGAAGGAUUAUGAGUUGUAAGAACUGUGUUAUAUCUCUGCCUAUAUAACAAAUUUUGGAAAUGUUUCUGGACUAUUCCCUAAUAUGCGUAGGCAGUAAUGUCAUCAGCACUAAUUUGAAUUUAAUAGAUAUUUUAUUUUUGGUAUUUGUAGAUCAAGGAAAAGUGAUUAGUAAAUUCUACUGAUAUACUCGUCAUGCCACAAGGAAGAAACAAAUUGGAAUUUGCCUUUUAAGCCACUAACACCUUUCUGUAUAUGUUCAUUGACUAUCAAAUACCCAGCCUUCUGUAAAUAAAAGAAUACUUAUACCAUAUAUUAAAUGUU